GGUGGCAAGAAAGAAUCGUCCGGCCCCAAACGGCCUCUCGGUCCUCUCCCCCCUGGCCGGUAGCUUGAAAUUGACCCGUCCCCUCCCCAGCGAGAUGUCUAGCUCCACACACCUGUGCCCUCGGUGAGAAUGGCGACAGUGGGCACUUGUCGAAGAACCUGUAACUGAGCCGUAGUGUGAGUAACUUGAGCAAACAUCCCCGUGGGGGUGUUGGACUGCCUACUUCCUGGCUGCCACGUCUCCCGGAGGAUGUGGUUAGUACCUUGAGGAACUGCAAACUUUGGAGAGCAAGGCUUAGACACGCAGACUGGAUUGAGACAGCAGCUGCCCAGGAAGGACUCAGUGUAACCCUAGGUCUCUUUCUUCAGGGGAAAUAAAAGGAGCAGAGGUGAACCCCACUGCAAAGGACCACGAGGCAAUGCGAGGACAAGGGAAUUGGAGUGACCUAGGCGAUUCUGAGUGAUCAGUCAGGGUGGCCUUCCUGGAGGAGGCUGAGGCCCCAAGGUGUGGCCACCACAACAUAUCGAGAUAUUUCCAGGGCCGGGCCUGGCCCUCGGGGCUGAGCCAGCCGGGGUCCCCAUCGGCCCCCGAGGAUGCGUCUUCUCCGCAGGCGCCGCAUGCCCCUGCGCCUGGCCGUGGUGGGCGGUGCCUUUGUGCUCUUCCUCUUCAUCAUGCACAGGGAUGUUAGCAGCACGGAGCAGGCCACAGAGAAACCGUGGCUGAAGUCUUUGGUGAGCCAGAAGGACCACGUCCUGGACCUCAUGCUGGGGGCCGUGAACAACCUAAGAGAUUCAAUGCCAAAGCUCCAGAUCAGGGCCCCUGAGCCCCAAGAGACCGUGAUCUCCAUCAACCAGUCCUGCCUGCCUGGAUUCUAUACCCCAGCUGAACUGAAGCCCUUCUGGGAAAGGCCACCGCAGGAUCCCAAUAGCCCGGGGGCAGACGGGAAGGCAUUUCAGAAGGACAAGUGGACCAGCCUGGAGACCCAAGAGAAGGAAGAAGGCUAUAAGAAGCACUGUUUCAAUGCCUUUGCCAGUGACCGGAUCUCCUUGCAGAGGGCCCUGGGGCCCGACACCCGACCCCCUGAAUGUGUCGACCAGAAGUUCCGCCGCUGCCCGCCGCUGCCCACCACCAGCGUCAUUAUCGUGUUCCACAAUGAGGCCUGGUCCACGCUGCUGCGCACGGUGUACAGCGUCCUACACACCAGCCCCGCCAUCUUGCUGAGGGAGGUCAUACUGGUGGAUGAUGCCAGCACCGACGAGUAUCUAAAGGAACAGCUGGAGCAGUACGUAAAGAAGCUGCAGAUCGUGAGGGUGGUGCGGCAGGAGGAGCGAAAGGGCCUGAUCACUGCCCGACUGCUGGGAGCCAGCGUGGCGCAGGCGGAGGUGCUCACCUUCCUGGAUGCCCACUGUGAGUGCUUCCACGGCUGGCUGGAGCCCCUCCUGGCUCGCAUUGCCGAGGACGAGACAGUGGUGGUGAGCCCGGACAUCGUCACCAUUGACCUGAACACUUUUGAGUUCUCUAAGCCCGUCCCGAGGGGCAGGGUCCACAGCCGUGGCAACUUUGACUGGAGCCUGACCUUUGGCUGGGAGGCUCUCCCCGCACAUGAGAAGCAGAGGCGCAAAGAUGAGACCUACCCCAUCAAGUCCCCGACGUUUGCUGGCGGACUCUUCUCCAUCUCCAAGUCCUACUUUGAGCACAUCGGUACCUAUGAUAAUCAGAUGGAGAUCUGGGGAGGGGAGAACGUGGAAAUGUCCUUCCGGGUGUGGCAGUGCGGGGGCCAAAUGGAGAUCAUCCCCUGCUCUGUGGUAGGUCACGUGUUCCGCACCAAGAGCCCUCACACCUUCCCCAAGGGCGUCGGCGUCAUUGCUCGCAACCAGGUGCGCCUGGCUGAGGUGUGGAUGGAUGGCUACAAGGAGAUCUUCUACCGGAGAAAUCUGCAGGCAGCAAAGAUGGCUCAAGAGAAAUCCUUCGGUGACAUUUCGGAACGACUGCAGCUAAAGGAACGACUACACUGUCGCAACUUUUCCUGGUUCCUGCACAACAUCUACCCAGAGAUGUUUGUUCCCGACCUGACGCCCACCUUCUACGGAGCUAUCAGGAACCUUGGCGUCGAUCAGUGCCUGGAUGUGGGCGAGAACAACCAUGGGGGGAAACCCCUCAUCAUGUACGCCUGCCACGGCCUUGGUGGCAACCAGUACUUUGAGUACACAACCCAGAGGGACCUUCGCCAUAACAUCGCAAAGCAGCUGUGUCUACACGCCAGCGGCCUCACUCUCGGCCUGCGGAGCUGUCACUUCACUGGCAAAAACAGCCAAGUCCCCAAGGAUGAGGAAUGGGAAUUGACCCAGGACCAGUUAAUCAGGAACUCAGGAUCUGGUACCUGCUUGACGUCUAAGGACAAAAAGCCAGCCAUGGCCUCCUGCGAUCCCAGUGACCCCCACCAGAACUGGCUCUUCGUCUAAGCUCCCCAUCCCCCCCGUGGGAGUUCCCUCAAGCCUCUCAGGAAACAGGACUUUGGGGACCCUGAUGUUUGAGAACCUGAUUAUCAGCUUCUCUUAAAGAUGGGUUUCUUUUUUUUUUUUUUUUAAGUAAAAUAAGGUAUUUUAUUAUUGUUUUAAUGUGCAUUUCUUGGUGAUUAAAACACUUUUUCCACAA